UCCGCAGACAGACCCUUCUCCAACAUUGCCUGCAAGAGGAAGGAGCAAAACAAAAGUGAAACUAGAAGGUGAACCACGUUUAAACAACCGCUCGACUCCUGACAUCUCAGCGAUCAGCUCCAGUCAAGAUGAUCCGGUGAUCCGGAUUCUUCUGAUGGGCAGAAAUGGUUCUGGGAAAAGCUCAUCUGGAAACACUAUACUGGGAGAGAGAAAGUUUAAAGUUCAAAAACGUAAGAAGAAAGACAAAGCUGAAGUUUGUGAAGAAGCAUCACAGAUCGGUGGGAAGCAGGUUCAUGUGAUUAAUACUCCAGAUCUACUAGAUCCAGAUCUCAGCAAAGAGAAGUUUGAAAGUCUGAAAGAGCAGCUGGUCUCUCGAUGUUCAGCAGGUCUCAGUGCAGUUCUGCUCACCGUUCCUCUAGAGGAACCUGUGCAAAAUGAGGAAGAGAUCCUGUAUACUAUUAAAUGUUUAUUUGGUCCUGAAGUUCAGAAGUACAUCAUGAUUCUGUUCACACACAAAGAUGAGCUGGAGGAUCUGGAUGAGACCAUUGAUGAACAUCUAAAAAAGCAAAACCAUGCAGAUUUCCAGCAACUGGUGACUGAAUGUGGAGGAAAGUUUCACUGUUUCAAUAACAAGAAAGAGGCAUAUGAUCAGGUUCAAGAACUACUGCAGAUGAUUGAAAGAAUGAUGGAGAAAAGUGGGAAAUUUAUCAUGAAACACACGAGGAGGAGAUCAAGCAUGGAUUCUGCUGGUGUCAGCUUUUCAGGAAAGUCUCCAUCAAAAGAUCUAGAUGAGAUUCCAGUGAUUCUUGAGAGGAAAGACCAGAUCAGGCUGGUUCUGCUGGGAAAAACUGGAUCCGGGAAAAGUGCCACUGGAAACACCAUCAUCGGCAGAAACCUGUUCAAAUCUUCCACUAGUACAAUCUCUCAGACAAAACAGUGUCAGGCAGAAACUACAGUGAGGUUUGGUAAACAGAUCUCAGCGAUCGACACGCCUGGACUUUAUGAUACUGAACUCAGUGAGGAGGAAGUUAUACAAGAAAUAGUUAAAUGUGUGAUGUUUGCUUCUCCUGGACCACAUGCUUUCAUUAUCGUGAUUAAAGUGGGUCGAUUCACUGAGGAAAAUAAGAAAACAAUAGAGAGACUCAAAGAAGUCUUUGGGGAACAGAUGAUAAAACACACCAUGAUCCUCUUUACUCACAAAGAUCAGUUAGAGAAGGAAGAUAAAACCAUUGAGCAGUUUCUACAGGAUAGUGAUCCAGAACUUCAGUCCCUCAUACACAGUUGUGGAAACAGAUUCUUCUUUCUGGACAACAACUCUUCAAGUUUCCCACAGUUCAAAGAUCUGAUCAGGAAAAUAGAGAUGAUGGUGACAGAAAAUGGAGGGAUGCACUUCACCAAUGACAUGUUUAAUGAAACAGAGAAACGCAUUCAGGAGAUUCAGAAUCAGAAACUGGAUGAGAAAGUGAAGCAGUUCAAACAGGAGCACAAACUAGUCUCUCAAACAGAAUGGACGAAAAUAUACUGCCUGUUAGCAGAGGAGUGUCGACGUGAUGCUCUUAAGUUCAUUGCUGCUGAAAUCUGUGUAAUCGCUGUAGCUUUCUGUCUGAAGAGAGUGUCGGUAACGCCUGCCAGUGGUCUUGAGGAGGCUGUAAUCCAGGCUUUGAAGAAACUACUAAAACAGAAGAUGUGUGCAAUUCAGUGA